GCCGGGGAUGCACAGUCAGGUGGGGUGCCGGCGCGCUUUUCCAAAACGCCACAACAGAAGUACUCGUCUUCACCACAGCAGUUGUUGCUGCACCGAUCGCAUCUCAACGUACCGGGUCCGUUGUUACCUCUCGAACCCGGCGUCGCGAAAGGGCUUGGCAGCAACACCUGUUCGGCAGCGUUCGCGAUGCGGGCGACAACCGUUACAUGUGCAGUGUACUGUCACACGUGUGCCUGUGAACUGUGAGUGACUUGUGUGGUUGAGCGGAACUAACUGACUACCUGAAGACAUGGCAGUGGAGAAGAUCUAUCGUGUGCACAGCGUCGUAUACGCUGAUUUGCGUUACGACUUCUUGGCUGUUGACUCUUCAGCCAGGCGGAAGGAAGUAGUUCGCUUUGCUGUGCGUGUUGUGCAAAGUCGCGAAUGCUGCGUGCAGCUGCCGUACUUCCAUCAGCGGUGGAUUGUCCGUUGCAGAAGGCAGCGACGAGGCGUGGCCUUCCGCGUCGCCCAGUGUCGCUACCGUCGCAGCACAGCAGGAGCAGCGGAUUUGUGCCGUUGUUGCAAGAACUGUCGGUGGAGGAACACACCCCGGAUGCUAGGGAACACGAGUUCCGGCCUGAACGGCAGAAGUCGUUGCACCCAAACGGAACUGUGCGGACUACAGCCUUUCGACACGCCAUCAGCGCCUGAUGUUUCCCUCCUGUUGAACAGCGACGACCAAAAGGACGUUGAAAUCGUGGUCGGAACGGGUCGUCAGACGACAAGGCUUCCGGGGCACGCCAUGGUACUGAAGAACAGUCCAUAUCUUGAAGAUCUCAUCAUGAAUGCCCACGAGGUCCAGCGUGAAGACGGGGGAUGUGCCCUGAAAGAGAUCUUCAUCCCCUACGUAGAGGCAGAUGUUUUCCAAAAGGUUUUGCAACACCUCUACACGCACGACGUCCACUUGGAGUCCAUUCCAUCGGCGCUGCAAGUUCUUUCUGUUGCACAUGACUACGUGAUACACGGCCUCUUCAUUAAAUGCCUUGACUACAUCAACGACCAUGUCUCUGAAGACGAUGUGCUCGAGGUGCUGAUACAGCUCUCACAAACCGUGAGCAAAAUUGAGCCACAGGAAAAUAAGCUGAACGAAGUGAGGGACCGGUGCCUGGAAACCAUCGACAUGCAUGCUGAGAAGAUACUCAAGAGUGCAAAGUUCCUAGAACUGCCUUAUGAACUCAUGACUCGCAUCAUCCUUAGGGGUACGCUGUGGGUACAGUCUGAAAUGUCAGUGUGCAAAGCCAUGGAUCGUUGGACGCUGGAAAUGUGCAAAAGGAAGGAAGUCGAUCCCAACCCAGAGACCAAGCAGAACAUUCUCGGCCCGGCCGUGUACUUUCUAAGGUACUUCCAAAUGACUAAACAGGAGCUUUUGGAUGGACCUGUCGCUGCAGGAUUCUUGGUGCAGCAGGACUUGUCAAACAUAAUCGACUACAUGAACAAGGAAAUUAGGGAAGAGCAACUGCCCAAACAUCUCCAAGAUAAUCUGCUGCUGCCAAAGAGGGUCCUUUCCUCAACAGUGAAAGUGCCGAACCUGGACCGUUCAGCGUCUACUGCUGGAGCGCGCUCCUGCGAGAGUGUUUCAGCUUCGUGCCACGCUGAAGUAAAACAGCGGAAGUCAACGUCAAAGAAGAUUAUCAGGGGGGCAGGAGAGGUCUUCUGGACCCUUCUGUCAAUGCUAGACUAAGCCACGUAAAAGCUUUUGCGUUGUUGGAUCUUGUGAUGGUGCGGUUGUGUUGUGGUGCACGCCACGUGGCGUAUACUUUUAAGACUAGACGCUGGAGGAUGGCGGCUGUCGGUCUUGUAUUUUUUUAACUUUGCGGACUUUAAACAUUGUCCCUUAACUUUAAACCAUGAGGGAUAUCUCUUAUUUUAUUGCAUAAUUUUAUUAAGCGGCCACUUUUCGCUACGAAGUAAGAGUGAUUCUGGUGAUCUCGUACUUAAUUAUUGUAUUGCUGUUGGAUGUAGAAUACGUGGUCGUCGCUUGA